UCGCGCAGGCGUAGUCGUGGCUCCCAGGCCUCAGGAGCCCGGCAACUACACCGGGAAGGAGACGCAGGCGCACUCGUCUGGCCAUGCCUUUGCGGGUGUGGAGAUCCUGAGAAACCGGCUACCCACGCUUUCCCUGUGUGAAAGCAGGAACAGCUCCCCACCCCAGGACUAGGUGUCUACAUCUUUCAAAAUGGUGGUUGCGAAGUCGGAGACAGGCGGGGCUGCUACCUCUUACUUUCGUGCAGCCAGAUCGUUGCCCUCGCUGGUCACAGUCCUGGCGCUGGGAUAUUUCGGGGGUGCUGUCUUCUGGCCUGAGAGCAUUCCUUACCAGAGCCUCGGGCCCCUGGGUUCCUUCACUCAGUACUUGGUGGACCAUCAUCACACGCUGCUGCACAAAGGGUAUUGGCUUGCCUGGCUGAUUCACUUGGGAGAGUCCUUGUAUGCCAUUGUGUUGUGCAAGUCUAAAGGCAUCACGAAUAGCUGGACUCAACUACUCUGGUUCCUACAGACGUUCCUCUUUGGGAUAGCAUCUCUCAACUACUUGAUUGCUUAUAGGCCAAGACACCAAAAGCAAACUUAAAGAAGAUAUUGUCGACUGAAAUAAAUGAGAGUUGAGAGUUAUGUUUCAUUUGGCGGGAGGACUCGAGCUGGGAUGACAGCCUCUCAGAUGGCUCUGAGGGACUGCUCCAAAGAGGUAGGGGAGGAGCUAGGAUGUAUAGGAGCUUUACAACAAAGACCAGGCAGUUGGAACAAUAAAAGCUUACUUACUAGCUAAAGAAAACCAGGCAUCUCAAGUUAAAGAAUUUAGUGCUUUUCUAUGUAUGGGAGGAAGCAAACACUGGGCUCACUGAAUUCAUUCCUUUGACAAGCAUCUAGCUAUCUAGGGCCAUUAUUUUGUCCUUUAUUAUUCUGAGUCUGCUCAGAGUGCACCAUUGUGAGUGGCUGCAGAGGCUGGGCAGCAGGCUUGUCUUCACUGGGGGGGGGGGGUGACUUGAUGGUUUCAGCAUUCUUUGUUUACUGAUAACGGUUUGCAAUAUUUUUCAUUCACAGUACCCCUGAAACUAAUACAAUGUUGUAAAUCAACUGUGCUUCAAUUAAAAAGUAAAUAUAUAGCAUAUAAAGUUUCUAGGGAAAAACAAAAAAGAAAAAGAUACUCAAAAGCUUUCUCUACACAUUGACAUUCAUCCUUACCUUUUUUGGGUGGUGCUGUGUUUACUUGAUCUUUCCACUUUCUAGAAAGCUAAGACCCUCUAGUGAUUCAUUAUUCUUUCAUCUGCUAUGGUUAAGCUUGAGUAGAUAAGGACAAGGUUUGAGCUUUCCAGUUCUGCAGACUAACUUACUUGGCAGGGGGUUUCCAGCUACCUCCUGAGGUCCCUGGCUGUGUUGGUUUUCUCCCUGUCACCUGGUUUAAGCUGUGAAGGAAAAGCCCAGCUGGGCUAACGAGCUAAGUCACAAAUCUAAGUGUGAUAAGUGUCGGUUUACUGAUCUAAGUUCUGCUGGGCUAACUCAUAAAUCUGAAGUUUAGUGUCAGUUUACUGGGCUAACAAGCUAACUCGUAAAUCCAAGCUCAACAAGUGUCAGUAACGUGAUCUGUUCCAAAUUGAUAAGCUCCAGUGUACUGAUUCCUUGCUUUUUGUUGUUUGAACCUUAUUGGCUAAUAGCCCCAUACUUGUAAUUAACCCUAUAAAACCUCAUGUGCACGUCUUGGAGGUGCUCAGAGCUUCGGAGCAGAAGCCCCUCUGAGCCCGCCGGCGUAAUAAAUCUGAGUACUCCAA